ACUGUUUAUGUGCAUGUGUGUCGUGCCAGGUCGUGAAUAAAUGUGCAAAGAUACUAUUUAGACGACAAGAGGUACUAAUCUGAUCGUACAAAAUGGGAAAAGGAUUUAAUAAUUAUAUGUGCAAAAAGUUCUUCCAUCCAGCGUCUCGAGACAAUUUGAAACGAGUAUGGAUGGCAGAACAGCAAGCCGAAGCUUACAAGAAAAAACAAGAGGAAUUACGCGUUCAGUAUGAAAAAGAACAAGAUCUCCAUAAUAAUAAAGCUUUACUGAGUAAAGAAAGCAAAGAUAAGCUUAGCGUAAAUUUCAUGUAUGAGCCACCACCUGGAGCAAAGAAAGAAAGAGAGAAAGAAGAUAAUGAACCAGAGUACAAAUUUGAAUGGCAACGCAAGUAUAAUGCACCUAGAGAAAGUUAUUGCAAAGGGGAUAGUGAAAUUAGAGAUCAACCAUUUGGAAUUCAAGUGCGAAAUGUACGAUGUAUCAAAUGUCAUAAGUGGGGACACAUAAAUACAGAUAAGGAAUGCCCUCUAUAUAGUCAGGCUAUGAGCGUUGUGAUGGCAAAUAAUUCCCAAACACCAUCUGCUCCAGAUGCUCUCACUCUUGUACAACAAAUGAGAGAAGAUGGCCUGGCACUUAAGAAAUCUGCACUGAAUGCACAACAACAUUUACGAGUUCCCGAACACGAACAUCUCAUGGUUUCAGACGAUGAGGAACAAUCAGAAAUAACAUUCUUAAAAACUCUUUCCAAAAAAGAAAAGAAAAAGUUGUUGAGAAAAUUACAACAACUCGAAAAGAAAACUAAGAAAAGCAAAAAGAAGAAAUCAAAGAGAAAAAGCAAAAAAACAAAACGCAAAGAAAGCAGUAGCGAUACGGACAGCGACAGUAGUUGUAGCAGUACAAGCAGCAGCACCAAUAGUGUCAGCAGUAGUAGCAACGGUCGUAGCGACAGUAGUAACGAUGUUCGCAAAGAUAGUAAUAGUAACCGUUUCAUGAAUGGUAUUAAUACUAAAAAUUCUAAUGAUCACGUAUCGAAAGAAUCUAGAAAAGCACGAAAAGGGAAACAUAGAGCAGAUUCUAAGGUAUCCAAUGACGAAGGUGCGAGAUAUCGUCAAAAAGUAGAAAAACAUAAAGCAUACGAUCGAAACAGAAACAGUAAAUAUGAUUACAAGAAAGAUGGAAAACCCAAACAAUCGCAUCGACGAAAUUUAAAGAAAAGUAAAGACAGAUAUUUGGACGUUGGUAAAAAAAGAAAAAUUGAAGAAUUUGACGACGACAGAGAUUAUGAAAGGCAAGGUAAAAAACGAAUAAAACGAUCUUUAGAGUAAUCGUGUUCCGUUACAUGUUUAAUGUAUACAAUAAAUUUAGAUAAAAAAUAACAUAUACAUAAUAUGUGAGUAGAUAUGUCUCCUAAUG